AUGUUCGCGUCUGCUGUGCUUACCGCUCUCGUUUUCGCGGUCAGUCAAGUCUCCGCACACGGCGGCGUGCUGAGCUACCAAAUCAACGGCCAACAUUACCAAGGGUUCGUGCCCUACAACACCCCUGCGGGACAGACCAGUAUCCAGCGCGAAUGGGACUCUUACAACCCGAUCACCACCCCGACCGACGCGUCUCUCGCCUGCAACACCAACGGAGCGUCCCUCGGCUCCGCCCAGCAGUCCGCGACCGUCCCUGCAGGCUCGAAGGUUACUGCGUACUGGAACCAGUGGGAGCACGCGAUCGGCCCUGUCAUGGUGUACAUGGCAAACUGCAACGGCGCCUGCACGACAGCGACCCCCUCCUCGCUGAACUGGUUCAAGAUUGAGGAGUCGGGGUUGCUUUCCGGCAGCCUCGCGAACGGCCAAUGGGCGCAGGGCCAGCUUAUCGCGGACAACAGCAGCUGGACGACGACAAUCCCUGCGUCCCUCAAGGCGGGCGAGUACCUUCUGCGCCAUGAGCUCCUCGCUAUCCACACGUCGAACCAGCCGCAGUUCUACCCGGAGUGCGCGCAGCUGAAGGUCACGGGCUCUGGGUCUGCUCAGCCCUCUGGAUCCUACCUCGUUAAGUUCCCCGGAGCGUACAAGAUGUCGGAUCCUGGCGUCGGAAUCGACGUGUACUCCCAGCCUAACGUGUACACCUACCAGAUUCCCGGUCCCGCCGUGUGGCAGGGGUAAACUGUCUGGGAAGCUGCUGUGAGCCGGAAAGUGUUCGUGUAAGUCAGUAUGGUACUCGACGUGUUACAGCUUUCUUUCUUGGGAAUCGGAUCAUCGU